ACCACUCCUACAACACCACCGCGGAUCGAAAUCUAAAACCCCGACACCACACGUUUCUAUAAAUUCUCUUUACUAACUGUUUCACCUGCAGGCGGAGUCUCUCACAACUCUCUGAAUCUGAAUCUUCUCUUUUCUCUUCAACAACUUCCAAAAUCAGAAAAUGUCGGGCCGUGGAAAAGGAGGCAAGGGUUUGGGAAAGGGAGGAGCGAAGCGGCACCGUAAGGUCCUCCGAGAUAACAUUCAAGGGAUCACUAAGCCUGCGAUUAGGCGUUUGGCUCGCAGAGGUGGAGUGAAGCGUAUCAGUGGGUUGAUCUAUGAGGAGACACGUGGCGUUCUGAAGAUAUUCUUGGAAAAUGUGAUCCGUGAUGCUGUGACAUACACUGAGCAUGCAAGGAGGAAGACGGUGACUGCGAUGGAUGUUGUAUAUGCGCUGAAGAGGCAGGGCAGGACUCUCUAUGGUUUUGGUGGUUAAGUUGUUUGAUCUGAUUGUAUGUAGAGGGACAAGUCUUGCUGUCAAGAAGCUUACAUCUGGGUUAGGCUGUGUUAUUGUAAUACAAUCUUCGAAUUGCACGUUAAAUGGUUUCAGUUGGUUAUCUGUGGAAUUGUUGUGGAAAUUAUGAAUCAAUGAUAGAUUUUAUUUCAACUUUA